CUACCUUUGCCUCCGCCCCUUCAAAACUUUCUACCAUCCUGUGCUUUCCUCGAUCCAGGAAGACCUCCAUCUUAUUCAUCACCGCAAUAGGCAAGGCUCUAUCAACAUCAACUUCUCGGACCACCCCAGAAACCAACCAUGCCUCGCAAUACGGAUAAUCACAUGCACGUCGUCUCCCGAUCUGAGACGGAAACCAUCUACGAGGGCUCGCUCCACGACCAGCUACAGGGCACAUUCUACACCCCCGUGAUGCCCUCUGCCAUGAGCAUGACCUCUUACAUCUCCCCCGGAGCCGGCACCUCCGCUGCUGCCGAGGCCGGCGGACAGUCUGCCAUCGGGACCCCGGGCAUGUGGGUCGAGGCGGGCGCCCCUGAAUCCGCCAACUUCCCGUAUAUGAUUGCCCACACGGGCGAGCGGUUCGACAUUGCCCACUACACCGAAUGCAAGGCAGACUCCGGCGUUGAUCAGAUAAACGGGGUCAUGAUAAUAUGCGACGCCGGCACCAUCGACAACGACGACAUACGCUCGCCCGGGGGGAAGUACCUUUACCAGAAUUGCAAGAAGCUGGGCACCGGCACGCAGAUCAACGGCCUAGAGGUGGUCUAUCACGGCGGCUCCAAGAUUGUCCCAACGCUGCCGGGCAUGCCGGGCCGCUGGGACAAGAUGGACAUGCUGACUGCCGAGGGCAAGGAGAUCAAGGGGGCGCCCAAGAACCAGAUCAAUGGGGGCAGGGUACGGCUGAUGAAGAGGUCGGAGAUUGGAUCCAUGGCUAGCUAA